CAAUCAUUACGCCUGCUACAACAGUAUCCAGCAAUAACGAUGAUCAUUAAUAAAAAUAUGUUAGGUGGAAUACGCAGCGUAUUGAUAUCAGUAUGUGGUGAUGAGGUGUAUUCGCAAAUGCGAUUCGAAGCGGGUGUGCACCGUGUUCAACGUGUGCCGGUUACUGAUAAAACACGUAUGCAUACCAGUACAGCUAGUGUUUCUGUGUUACCUGAGCCAAAUAAAGUUGAUGCGUACGUUUCUUCGAAUGAUGUUAAAAUCGAAACGAUGAGAGCAUCGGGUCCCGGUGGACAAAAUGUUAAUAAAAGGUCAACUGCAGUACGUGUAACACAUAAACCUACUGGUAUUUCGGUGCAUUGCAUGGACGAACGCUUUCAACAUCUUAAUAUUCAAAUCGCAUUCAGGCGUUUAGCAGCAAUAUUAAUGCAGAAAAAACUUGAUGAAAUUGACGAGCACACUUCAUCGGCCAGAAGAUUACAGGUUCAGGUGGGCUCUAAGUCGCGCGCCGAAAAAGUUCGAACGUACAACUUUAAAGACGACCGCAUCACAGAUCAUCGUUUACGUCGGUCGUGGACGGGUGUUGCAGAGAUGAUGCUCGGUGGGGCGCAGCUGGAGGAAGUCAUUUUGCACCUACGCGAUGCCCACAAGCUGCAACUUAUCGACAAUUUUUUUCAUACCUUCUCGUAA